AUGAAUUUAACUCGCACUGAUAUUAUUUCUUGGCUGAUAUGGACCUAUCAAAAAAUACGCGACGAAGAUUCGAAUGAAUGUAUUUCCAUUCUGAUUGCUACUGAUAAUCAUUUAGGUUAUUUAGAGAAUGAUCCAAUUCGUGGACAAGAUUCUUUGAAUACUUUUAGAGAAAUUUUGCAGAUAGCAAAACAAAAUGACGUUGAUAUGGUUCUAUUGGGUGGGGAUCUUUUCCACGAGAAUAGACCUUCUCGAAAGACACUUUACGAGACUAUGAAAAUACUUCGCACUUACUGUAUGGGUGAUAAAAAAUGUCAAUUGGAAAUCAUAAAUGAUGAUAGAGAAAAUAACAAUGAUAAUUUUAAUAAGUUGAACCUUCAAGAUCCUAAUUAUAAAGUUGCAAUGCCUGUAUUUUCUAUUCAUGGGAAUCAUGAUGAUCCAUCCGGAGAUGGAAACCUUUGUGCUUUGGACGUUCUUGCAGUUUCAGGUCUUGUAAAUUAUUUUGGUAAAGCCAACGUAGUAGAAAAUAUUGUAGUUAAACCAAUAUUAUUAAGAAAAGGAGAAACAGUAUUGGCACUAUAUGGAUUGGGAAAUGUAAGAGACCAACGAUUGCAUCGAAUGUUCACUGACGAUGCAGUUAAAAUAAACCCACCACCUAAUCCAAUAUCAAAUGAAUCGUUCAACCUGAUGCAGAAUUUUUAUGUUUCCCAACCUGGAUCAUCUGUUGCUACCAGUCUAGUUGAAGGCGAGCUUGAACCAAAACAUGUGGCCAAAUUGAAUAUAAUUGGAGAUCAAUUUGAGCUGAAAAAAAUUCGUCUUCGCACUGUUCGUCCAUUUGUAAUUGGUGAAUUAUCAUUGAAGGAUGUUAAUGGGCUUGACCCCACAAAAACAUCAUCAAUAAGUGCUUAUUUAAUCAAAAAGGUAGAAGAGCUUAUUCAAGAUGCAAAAAACCAAUGGCUCGAAAUGAAUGAUUACGAUUAUGAUCUAGAAGAUGAAAUGUUUCCUCUUCCCUUAAUUAGAUUAAAGGUGGAAUACAGUGGAGGAUUCACAGUUUUGAAUAAUCGACAAUUUGGACAGAAAUUUGUAAACCUUGUUGCAAAUAAUCAUGAGAUUUUAUUUUUCUAUCGAAAAAGAGCGCCCACAGAGAAGAAAAAAAAUACUACACAAUCGAUGAAUUUAGCUGGUGAAUUCGACAUGCCUGAAAAUCUUUCUCAUAAUUAUGUCACUGAUCUUAUUACAGAGAACAUGAAGAGCCUUAGCAUAUUACCAGAAAAUGCGUUGAAUGAAGCUACCACACUUUUUGUUGAUAAAGAUGAUCCUCACGCCAUUGAAGGAUUCUAUAAUAAUACAAUUAAAAAGACAAGAGCGAAACUUCGUCAAGAAAAUAUGAUUUGCGACGAUAAAAUUCUUAUAGAACAGGCGCAAAAGCAAAAAAGUCUCUUAUCAAGGCAAUAUGCAGAAAUGAAUCCUGAUGAAAGAUUAAUAGAAAUGAAUAGCAACGAAGCAUUCGCUGAUACAUGUCAGCAGGAAGAUGAUAUUGAUUCAGACAAUCAAACUGGAACUAGCUCUAGGGCUAAAACUACGUCAAGAGGAAGGGCCACAAAGACAACUAGGGGAACAGGUACACGUGCUCGUGGACGUGGUAGAGGAAGAGCAACAACUUCUAGUAGAAAGAAUAUUGUAGAUGAAGAUCUUGACAUUGAUGAUAGAUCUGAUCAUACUGAACGUGCUCGUGGACGUGGUAGAGGAAGGACAACUUCUAGUAAAAAGACUAUUGUAAAUAUUGUAGAUGAUGAUGAAGAUCUUGACAUUGAUGAUAGAUCUGAUCAUACUGAACGUGCUCGUGGGCGUGGUAGAAGGACAACUUCUAAUAGAAAGAACAUGGUAGACGAUGAAGGAUUUCUAGAUGAUCUUGGUAUAGAUGAUAAAUCUGAUCAUACUGAAGAUAAUGAACCGUUCAAUGGUGAUGGAAACGAAGUAAAAAAACGAAAGACAUCUACAAGGCGUAAAGACGUUGAAGAACCUCCUGCUAAACGAGCGCGAAUCAACUUUCCAACACUUGCGACUUCGAAUUCUUCACAACAAUUACGAUCUCAAAGUCAAACUAUGGAAGUUGAUGAUGACGAUUUUUUCGAGUGA